AUGCCCCCCAGACAGGUCAAGCCUGACCCUGAAGUCGAGGGCCAGGGCUCCCCUGACUUGUCGGCAAUCCAGCCAGUGUCUGGCAAUACUGCUUCCCCGGGCAACGACACUGCUUCAGGUCUUCGACUCCCGAAUCUCUCCCCAACUCACCCUCUCCCAGUGAUUCACGAGGCCGGCGAGUCCUACUUCAGUUCCCAGUUUCCCAGUCUUCAGGGAACUUCUCCGGGAUUCAGCCACGGCGACUUUCUCUACCCUGACAUGAGCGGUAUCGGAAAUAUUCCGAGUGAUCCUCAGGAUCCAUUUGCCUUCGAACAGUUGUACUCGCCCGGAGAAAACUCCAUGAACAACAUGCCUCGCAACAACCUGCCCUCUUCCGGAAACGCACGCAGCCAAGUCGGUACUGGAACCGGCGCUGGCAUAAUCAAGCGCCAAUCUCGCCCGACUCGUCAGGGAGCCAGUGCGAUGAACCAGGCUGGAUCUCGUGCAGCUCUUGGCGCGGCACCGAACCCAGGCCAAGCCUCCAACCAGCUUCAACAUAUCGACGUUGAUCUGACAGGCAUGGACUACCCCACGGGCAGUCCCAGCGCAAUGGGCCUCUACGGUAGUACUCUAGACUCCGGCAUGGGCCCCAGCUCCUUCGCGUCGGGUAUCUACAACCCUCGUUCUGGCAUUGGUGGAGGCAUCCAGCAGAACCCACAGCCCCAGGGCUACAGAAACAUGAGCCCGGUCCCGAAGUUCGAGAACCCCGAACUCCCCCACACCCCAGAAUUCAUCUCUCCGAGCCAGUACGAGAGCUUCGCGGAGGAGGAGCAAGAGACCAAGCCCGAUCCCCGCCGUCUGCUCAACGAGGGCACCCCCACCCCUGCUCACAGGAGACGAUCAUCCCUGGCCCAGACCGACACCUCGCCCGCCACCGCGAACACCACCAGCAGCCCGGCCAACAACUCCUUCGAGAGCCCGGGCCAGGGCGGCGGCGGCAGCAGCAGCGGCAGGCAGACGGCCCAGAACACCCCGAGCCACCCAGCGCACGUGCCGCCGAACCGGAUCCAGGAGGCAGGCCCCGUGACGCACCCGGACCCGGAGUGGCGCCCCUACGGCGUCAACCACUGGCACGUCUUCCUGACGGAGCCGACGACCCUCAAGUACCUGUCGAGCACCGAGAUCAAGGACAUCCGCGACCACUGCUACGGGCUCGCGCAGGCCGCCGCCGUGGGCGCCGCCGUGGACGAGGAAGACGACGGCCAGCCCGUGCCCAUCGCCGCGGGGUCCCGGUACACCACGGCCGACGCGCAGGCCGUCUGGCGGCACUGCGACGCCUACGUCCGCCGCCGCAGCCAGGUGCGCAACAACCAGGCCGCGCGCCGCUCGCGCCAGCGCAAGGACGCCGAGACGAGGUACUGGAAGGCGAAAGCGCUCGAGUACGGCGCGCCGGACCACGAGUUCAACUGGGACCUUGUUGAGGAGGAGCCGGCUGGUGGCCAGGGCGGCAGCUCCUCCGCCGCCGCCGAGGGCGCGGGCCAGGCUGCUCGGGCGCGGACUCGGGCUCAGCAGGGACAGGCACAGGCACAGGCACAGCAGCAGCAGGGUCAGGGUCAGGCCGGCCGGAGCAGUGGCCGCCAGGGACAGGCGGCGGCUCGGCGUGCGUCUGCUCCUUCUGCACCUAAGCCCGAGUUCGAUUUCAACCAGCCGUUCGACUACGAUGAAGACGACAAGUCCCACGGCGGCGGCUUCGAUGCUUUCACUGGUGGAUUCUAA